GUAUAUUUUAUUAUUUGUUUGCUUGUACGAAAUUUUUUUAAAUGUCUAGGAUAGAAAUGUAACAUUAAAUAAGGGAACGCACUCUAAAGGAAGUGUCCGGUGUUCUUGUUUUUGAUGUGCAUCUGCCCACCAAAGCAGACGACAAAACUAAAUGGCAGAUGAAGCAGAAGUUUGUUUAUCAGGUGCCACAGAUGGAGAAAUAAUCAAAGGAUCAAACGAAGAAGAAGUUUCUGGCUCAAAUGAAACAGCAGGAAUGAUAACUGAAGAGGGUAAUGAUGUAAAAAGCCAUACCACAACACAUGGAGAUAGUUUAUAUGAACUUGAGCCAGCAGAUGAAAACUGCGCUUUUCGAAUGGGUGUUGAAGUCUCAGUAGACCCAGCUGUCAUUCACAGCUUAAGCAGUGCUUUUGCUUCACAGGUUCUUCCAAGCCUGGAAAAGGCAAAGUCUUCCAUCAGUGAGAUUGUGUCUAAUCAGCAAGUAAUAAUUGAUACCUUAGAGCAAGAAAACAGCAAAUUCAAGGAGUGCACUGCUUUCAAUGAACUCACUAUUACGAUGCUCAAAGCCAGAGACUAUUACAACAAACUUGUAACCGUUAAAAAGGACAUGUCAAGUCUGCAUGACAGAGCCAUUAAGCUUAAGAGACGAGCACUGAAACUCCAGCAGCAAAAGCAAAAGGAAGAACUACAAAGAGCACAUCAACUGGAAAAAGAAUUAGAACGGGACCAGAUGCUGACUGCAAAGGUUGCUUCCCCUGAAUUUUGAAGUGGAAAAAGGCAAUAAAACUACAGUGGUACCUUAAAUAUUGUCAAUAUUGUUGACUUAACCAUGCCAUACUAAAAGGCUCAUUCAGUAAAAUGCAUGCCACUUUCAUACUUACAAAUAAUUUAUUUUUUUAAUCAAUUGUUCUUCCUGUUUUCCUUUGGCACUGGGAAAUAUUUUUUGGUGCUCUUUGACUUUAUGGUGUUUGUAUGUAUAUAUAUAUUUAAAAAACAACCAACCAUGAAAUGGUGAACAUAGCAGCAGGACAGGUCCUUACUGCUUGAGAUUGACUUGCAAAGUGAUGCUUUCCCCAUUGUUUAAUUAUCUUAAAAUGUCACGGGGGCAGGUUAUAGUAUACAGUGGUCAAGUGUCAAGCAAGUGGUCAAGUGCAAUUCUCUUGAAAAUACUGGUUAAAAACAGAAAUGUUUGAGCACAGUUCGAGUGCCAAGGUACCACUGUAGUUUAUUUUAACAGGGUGGAUAAAAACAUCAUGGAAAGUUAUGGAGUUAUUUUUUUCAUUUUUUUUAAAUGCCCAUCUAAGUGCUGUUGUGUUAUUGAUUACUGGACCAAAUAAAUUUUUCUUGAAACAAGUGGAUUAAUAAAACUGCGUUUUGCAUGCAGUGUAUUUCCAUUCUAAAAGAUAUGUUUUAAAAAAAAAUCUUGCCAUGGUUUUCAGUUUUUUAUGGUCUUUCCAUGAAUUUGUCUUCAUGUUCUUCAGUUCCCAAUAUUUCUUGACAAUUACCAACUUUAUUAAUCCCAAUGUGUAAUUUGGAAAAGUGCUUAGUUACUGAACAUAAAAGUUCUAGUUUCAAGGCAAAAAAUAUUAAAUCUAAAAAAAAAAAAAA